GCCGUGGGAUCUACUCUAAUAAUCUGCACCGUUGGGAACUCUCCAAAACGCUUUCCGUGGAAACUGGGGAAACUACGAUUUGGGACACAAAUCCCACCAUUCACCAUGACAUCACCAGCAGUUGACCUGUCACACAUCAUCCCACCACAAGCGCUGAUCCGCCUCGCAAGGGAAUGGCUGGCGGAAGAUACGCCCAACUUUGAUCCUGCAGGAGUGUGUGUGGGGUCAAAAGAGGUCAGGGCAACACUUCUGUGUAAAUCCCCACAAAGCGUGCUUGCAGGAUGUCCUUUUUUUACAGCAGUCUUCAAUGAGCUUGGCUGCACUGUGGACUGGAUUUACAAUGAAGGACAAACACUGGGUAUGGAAUUAGUCACCCAGACAGCAGUCGUGAAAGGUCCAGCAAGGUGUGUGUUGCUGGGAGAGAGACCAGCCCUGAACUGCCUGGCUCGCACCUCUGGGAUUGCCACUCGUUGUCGGCAACUACUUGACAUAGCUCAGACUGCGUGUUGGGAAGGUCAGCUCACCGGCACCCGCAAAACCACACCAGGCUUUCGGCUUAUGGAGAAGUAUGCCAUGCUUGUGGGAGGUAUAUCAAUGCACAGAUAUGAUCUCAGUGGAAUGGUCAUGCUCAAAGAUAACCAUGUUUGGGCCUCAGGAAGCAUCACACAGGCAGUGAGAGCUGCCCGCUCAGUGUGUGGGUUCAGCAGUAAGAUUGAAGUUGAGUGUAGGAAUGAUGAAGAGGCUAUAGAGGCAGCCAGAGCCGGAGCUGAAAUAAUAAUGCUAGACAACUAUACCCCACAGGUACUGCAUGCUGCAGCUCUUUCCUUGAAACAGCAGUUUCCUUCUGUGCUGAUUGAAGCCAGUGGUGGGGUGACACCAGUUACACUGCCCCUGUACUUCUCCCCAAAUGUGGAUAUCAUCUCUAUGGGCUGCAUCACCCAAGGGUGCCCCAUUGUUGACUUUUCCCUCAAGGUGCAGCCACCCAGCAAUGAGAAAGAUCACCAGCAAUGAGUUUGUCAACCAUGAUUGUUUAAAAUAACAAUGAACAAAGCAGUAGCCAUGGCAGCAAUGUUACUUUUGCUAAUAUUGACUUUCUUCCAAGGAUGGAUUUUGCUUUUAUGGGCUUGUGGGUGGAGGGACUUUGCAAACGGUCAGUUCUCUGAAUAGUUCUGCAUGGCGCUCUCAGAGAUAGAAUCUUGAAACAAUGUGGCAGGCAGUCAAAAAAAGUAACACUGUGUCUGUAAAAUGACACAAUGGGUAAAUGUUUGGUGUUUUCCUUUAAAAUUUACAACACAAAUAGGGUGCGAAGAUUGCAGGAAUUAUAUGCAAGGUCUGCGGAUCUACUGCAAUCUCUCCCUACAGCAAAUUCCCCCCCGCAAGAUUUCAUACUUUACGUGUAUGAUGCAAUCACAGUUUCAUAUUGAUAUUUAGUUUUGGGGAUACAAUCUCAAUGCAAGGGACGUGAACUCAGCCCGACACUGUAGUUACUGACGUCAGUGAAAUCAAGAUAUGGAAGAAAAACAUGGAACUGAAUCAAAGCACAGGUAUACAAGGGCUGUGUCUGAAACAAGCUACUAAAUACUGUGUGGAAUAAACAAGAAAUAUACAGUAUACCUUGAAGAAUUGAUGCUGUUUUGAAGGCAAAGGGUGGUCACACCAAAUAUUGAUUUGAUUUUGAUUUUUCUUCUGUUCAUGCAUUUUGUUAAUUGAUAAAAAAUAAACUAUUAACAUUUCUAUUUUUGAAAGCAUUCUUAUUUUACAGCAUUUCUUCACACCUGCCUAAAACAACAACAAUUCAUUAUACUGAGCACGGUAGCAUGUUUGCAUUGGUUGACACUUCUAUUCAAAAUAGCAAAUUCUGAACCUCAAUAUCCACUAUAAAACCAGUGUCAAUGCCAUUUUGCAGGUCUACUACAAUGCUAAAGGUCUCGCAAACUAUUGUUGCGAACUGGCAUGCUAUUGAUUUCACAUUUUCUGGAUGAUCCAGAUGCCUCUGGUAAUUUUGAGACGUGUGGCACUGCUCUGGGUGAGUCAGUCAAGACUGAGAAACUCAUUGCCAAUUUCGUGUAGCUUAUUGCAAUUUUCCAGUCAGAAAAUCAUUCACUGCUGUGAACGUUUAGUAAAACUUAAUGAAAAACUUGAAAGACGUGUCAGUAUUUCUUAGUUAUAGAAUAGUGUGUUUAAAGUAUUGAAAGUAUGUUUAAUGGGGAAUUAUAACUACUUUCAAACAGAUCUGUUAUUUCUGAGAUUUGUUAGGAAUUAAUUUUUUUUUAUUAAAUCAUUGCAAGUCUGUACCUGCUGUAACUGCCAAACAAAUUAUAUGUAAUUUAUGUAUGUAAUAUGGAAUAUAUUGUAAUGAUAUGUAUAGCCCUGCUAUAUAUGUAUUGAUGAAUACCAAUCAAUUGUAAACAAAAAGCGUGCAUACAAAAUGUAUAAUUCGCAUAAACUGAUGCCUAUAAAAUACCUUAUGAAGACCAUGGAAAUCAAUUCCAGGCCAUUUCAAGAGGUUGAUAAUUUUUUACAAUUGUUUUAUGACUGCCUGCUACAGCUACGUUGUAUGUUGUCUUUGCAAACAUGAAAAUAUAUAUGAAAACGUAUUUAAGAUGCCAUGAUGUUUUCUUGUAAUAAACUUCAACUUGAACUCGC